CUCCCACGUGUGAUUGUGCAACACUGCAUAUAAAUAUGUGAGUAUUGAAGUCACAAUACAAGUGAAGAAGAAGGUGCAGAAGAGAAGUGUCUCCGGCACAGGAUACAAAGAUUUAAGAAGACAUAUUUCUCGAUUGCCCUUUAUCUACCUGUGAUAAAAGAGAAGACAAAUGGAUCCUGCAGUAGCGGAUGUGAUAAAGCACUUUGAUUCCAAUGGCUUCCUUUCUACAUUUCAAGAUUUCCAGCGUGCAGAGACUGGGGAAGAUGCAGAAGCUGAGGGAGAUGCAGAAGCUGAGGGAGAUGCAGAAGCUGAGGGAGAUGCAGAAGCUGGGGGAGAUGCAGAAGCUGGGGGAGAUGCAGAAGCUGGGGGAGAUGCAGAAGCUGGGGGAGAUGCAGAAGCUGGGGGAGAUGCAGAGACUGGGGAAGAUGCAGAAGCUGAGGGAGAUACAGAAGCUGGGGGAGAUGCAGAAGCUGGGGGAGAUGCAGAAGCUGGGGAAGAUGCAGAAGCUGGGGGAGAUGCAGAAGCUGGGGGAGAUGCAGAAGCUAGGGGAGAUGCAGAAGCUGAGGGAGAUGCAGAAGCUGGGGGAGAUGCAGAAGCUGGGGAAGAUGCAGUAGCUGGGGAAGAUGCAGAAGCUGGGGGAGAUGCAGAAAUAGGGGGAGAUGAAGAAAAAGAGAGAGUUGCAGCCUCAUACAUAAAACAGUUAAGCAAAAAAUAUUACAUGAGAGAUACAAAUAACCAAUGGCUUGUAUAUAAAAAUGGUGGCCUUUAUGCAACGACGCUGAACAAUGUAAACUUAAAUCUCAGAGUACCGAUCGAAAUUACCAGCUAUGGCGGCUCAGAAACUGAAUCUGAAAGCUUAAUAACUGAGAGCCUGUCAAAUACUUCCAUAACUAAGAUCCUGCCAGAGAGUAUCUCCCUUUACGUUGCUUUCAGUUUCCUUGAAACCAAUACUCAAAAAAGGAUUUUUCUCUAUUUCUCUUCUAACACACUGGAAUAUAGGAAACUGGAUGCAAUUCUGCCUUCUUUGUCUGGGGAUGAUAUAAACCUGCUGUUUAGCAAAAGCCAACAGACAUCAGUGACCUACACGCCAAUCAAUAAUUCCCAGUUCACCCUGUCCACCUCCGAACGAGGGAAUCAACCUCUAAGUGUGCAGAGCAGAGCAAAAAAUGGCUUUAUAAAGGACUUUUACCUGCAAGAUGUGACAGUCACACACAUAACAGAGUUGGAAUCUCUAGUGACAGAUGAUAAUUUCUGUUAAAUUUGAACCUAAAUAUGUUAUUCACAGACACAGAGCCUUACAGUCAGGGUUCAUUUGUUAAAGGAACAAAGUGUUCUCUGUUCCUCUUUAUAUUCUGUAGGCACAAGUCUCUUAAAGUAUUUAUGUUAAUAUAACUCACAUUUAAUAUAACUCAUAAUAAUAUUUAUUAUUAGAUUCUGGGAGGAAUUGAUAAAACUAGAAUACAUUUUACCCCACUUCAACCUAUCAUUGAACUCAAUCCAGAGAACUCUCUAACUUCUGACCAGUUCUAUUAACCUAGACUAUUUGGGUUAUGUGUCCAGCUCUGAUUGUUGGCUCAUUACAUUAAUUUGAGGGAGCUGGGCAUGGAACACCAUUCAAAUCAGGAGGAUGGAAGGUGUGAAAUGCAGCUCUGGGGUAGAAAGGGCUUCAUAUUCAACUGUCCUUGGGUAAAAGAAAGAGGACUUGGCAGCUACAUGCUACAUAGGAUGUGUUUGGGGCAAUGCAUUUGUUAUAUACUUAUCUAAUGUGUAAAUGACAUAGCUUCUUUCUAUAUAUUUAUAUCAUAUACACCCAUACAGUAAUAAAGAUAUGACACAA